AUGUUCGGUGAUACAAAUAAUACACUAAAUAUUUAUGUACGUGCUGGUCGUGUUGAUACAUUAAUAUGGUCAUUACAAGGAAAUCAAGAUGAUGAAUGGCAACAAGGAACAACUUAUUUACCUAUAUCCUUAAAUGAUUUCCUAUUUGAACAAUGUUAUGAAAUAUCUUCAUUAUCAACAUGUGAACAAAUUAUUGGAGAUUCAAUAGAAGCAAAUAAAUGUGAUUAUGAAUUAGAUUGUUAUGAUGGUAGUGAUGAAGAUGAUAAUCUAUAUGUAAUUUCGAAAAAAAUUCUUGUUUAUGGGAACCAUCAGAUGGAUUAUUAUUUACAAUUACGUAUUAAUUCAACAAUACAAAAAGAUACAUUAGCAAUCAUAUCAACCUAUCUUGGAGUAGCACUACAACAAGGUUGUACAAUGCGUUUUUGGAUUUAUUUUAAGACUACUAAUAAUGGACAAUUAGUUGUUAAUUAUCGACAUUUUAUAGGAGAUGAUAUUACACUUUUAUCAUUUUCUACUUAUCAAUCUUGUGCAACAAAUGCAAUACAAUGUUCAUAG